AUGAAAAGAAUGAGAGGGAGGAUAAACGAACAUAUGCGUUUUCGGUCGCGCGAAUUUGCCUUUGGGGAAAGCAACUCGACAUGGAUAGAAGAAGUUAAAGCUUUUACACUUUGGGAUACUCUCUGUUCCGGUGACAUCCAAGCAGUUACUAUAUGCAGGCACAAAACAACCCCCUACCUCACCCCUGAGCUUCGACCCCUAUAUAAAUAUAUUAUCUUGACAGAAGGAAGGCGUAUACAGAGCCCAUUUCCGGUUAGAGCGGUGGAUGAGACUAGUACUUCAGUCUCAUUAUUUUGCCUUCUUAUCCCAGGAACCAACCCUGGUCGUGUCCACGCCCAAGAAAACGCUAUACAUAGCCAACAUCUCUGCAAUGAUAGAAGAUGUUAUACGAAGGACUUCUUCUCCGACAAGAGAACAAAGAUAAAAACAGUGUUAAAGGAUAGCGGCUUCUUAUCGUUUCACGCUAUAUACAAACCCGUGCAGACCCUUAUGCAAGGUACUGAACCGGCAUGGGCCCUUGCAAAGCAGCAUUUUCACCUUGCGUCUACAUAG